AUGGUUCCGCCCGUCGGCGCGGGCGCCAUCCACCCGCCCCACGAGCAGUUCCACCAUCUCAACUACUGCGUCCACUCGAAUCCGUCCUGGGUUCAGGUGGCAGCACUUGCAUUCCUUCACUAUCUUGUGAUGUUGGGUUCUACCGUCAUGCUUGCAUCAGUUAUUGUUCCUGCAAUGGGUGGUAACGCUGGUGACAAGGCUCGAGUUAUUCAAUCGUUCCUCUUUAUGAGUGGCAUAAAUACACUGCUGCAAACACUUAUUGGAACGAGACUUCCAACAGUUAUGAAUGCCUCUUUUGCAUUUGUUGUCCCAGUGCUGUCAAUAGCAAGAGAGAUCGAAUCAAAUAAUGACUUGCUGAAUAAUCACGAGACACAGCCGCACUGCCGCACUGAUAAGUCUUUCCUCAUGUCAUCGGCACCAUGGAUUAAAAUUCCAUUGCCAUUCCAAUGGGGUCCUCCAAUCUUCACUGCUGGUCAUUCAUUUGGGAUGAUGGGUGCUGUACUUGUUGCAGCCUUUGAGUCAACUGGAGCACACUUUGCUACUGCUCGUCUAGCGGGUGCUACACCACCUCCAGCUCAUGUUCUUAGUCGGAGCGUUGGCUUGCAGGGUAUUGGAAUGUUCCUGGAGGGGAUCUUUAGUUGUCCAGCAGGCUCAUCCGUAUCAGUUGAAAAUAUUGGCCUCCUUGGGCUGACCAAAGUUGGAAGUAGAAGAGUGAUCCAGAUAUCAACUGGGUUUAUGAUAUUCUUCUCCAUAUUUGGGAAAUUUGGGGCCUUCUUUGCAUCAAUUCCACUGCCAAUCUUUGCAGCAAUUUACUGCAUCUUAUUUGGCAUUGUAGCUGCUGUGGGAGUCUCAUUCAUGCAGUUUGCCAACAAGAACUCAAUGAGGAACAUCUAUAUCAUUGGAGUCUCAUUGUUCCUUGGCAUCUCAAUCCCUCAAUACUUCAAUGAAUAUACUUCUUCAGCUGACGGCCGUGGACCUGCCCGGACAAAUGCUGGAUGGUUCAAUGACAUUAUAAACACCGUGUUUGCUUCCGGCCCGACGGUGGCGCUAAUUGUUGCUUCUGCCCUGGAUAACACAUUGGAGUUCAGGGGCUACGAGUCCGACCGGGGGCUCUCAUGGUUUCAGCCAUUCCUGCAUCGUCAUAAAGGUUACUCGGACCCCAGGAACGAGGAGUUCUAUAGCUUCCCAAUCAGGGUUCAUGACUUCAUCCCAAGCCGAUUUCUCUGA